AUGCUGAGGGAUUCAAAAAUUCCACGGCGGAAUCUGGGCAAACAAGGAGAAGUUGAAAAUGUGGAUCCGACGGAUUCUUGGUCGUCCGGGACAAAUUCGAGAUGCACAGAAGCUUCCAGGCCUCCAUUGAAUACGAUUCAAGAUACUGAUGUGAGUUGCGGAAGCAGCAAGUUUGACAAAACUCCAUCUAAAACCAACAAGAGGAAAGUAGGACCUGAACUUCGUACUCCUGAAAAGAGCUUGCACUGGAAACACAGGUUCGCGUGGCCUCAAAGAAUUGAAACAGUUUCGUCUAUGAUUGAUGAUAGAAGAGGAUCUGGUAUUGGAAAUGGUACUCCUAAAGUAACUCGUAAUGCGGGAAGAGCUUGUUCAGAAAGUAAUUCGACUAAUAGCACUCCUACUAAGAGUGUCACUAAGCCUCCUCCUAGCUCGGGUGUUCGAGGUAAAGCUGAUGGAAGCUUCAGUGCUCGUUUGGGAAACUACGCUGCCUUGUACAGAGGGGUUUCGAGUACAUCUUGUACGCCACCUACCGUUGUUAACACGGUUGAAGUACCUCACUUCGAUCUCAAAGAGGAUUCUUCAUUUUGGAUUAAUCACAAUGUACAGGUGAUUAUACGAGUCCGUCCUCUCAAUAGCAUGGAGAGGAGUAUACACAACUAUAACAGAUGCCUAAAACAAGAAGGCUCUCAGUGCAUUACUUGGAUUGGGCAACCGGAAAACCGGUUCACAUUUGAUCACGUUGCAUGUGAAACAGUAGACCAGGAUAUGGUUUUCAGAAUGGCUGGUCUUCCAAUGGUCGAGAACUGUCUUUCAGGAUACAAUAGCUGUAUGUUUGCAUACGGACAGACAGGAAGUGGGAAAACAUAUACAAUGCUUGGUGAAAUUGAAGAUUUAGAUGUGAAGCCCAGUUCUCAUCGUGGAAUGACUCCUCGUAUAUUUGAGUUUUUGUUUGCCAGGAUUCAAGCUGAAGAGGAAAGCAGAAGAGAUGAGAACUUAAAAUACAAUUGCAAGUGUUCCUUCUUGGAGAUUUACAAUGAGCAAAUUACAGAUCUACUUGAUCCCUCGUCUACCAACUUGCUUCUGCGGGAGGAUGUCAAGAAGGGUGGUGUUUAUGUUGAAAAUCUUUCCGAGUUUGAAGCUCAAAGUGUGAGUGACAUUAUUAGGCUUCUAAUUCAGGGUAUGGCAAAUAGAAAAGUUGCAGCUACAAACAUGAAUAGAGAAAGCAGUAGGUCCCACUGUGUUUUUACAUGUGUAAUCGAGAGUACUUGGGAAAAGGAUUCUACUACUAAUUACCGUUUUGCAAGGUUAAACCUGGUUGAUCUAGCUGGUUCAGAAAGACAGAAAACUUCCGGUGCUGAGGGUGAGCGUUUAAAGGAAGCGGCUAGCAUCAAUAAGUCAUUAUCUACCUUGGGUCAUGUCAUUAUGAUACUAGUGGAUGUUGCAAAUGGGAAGCAGAGGCAUAUCCCUUACAGAGACUCCAGGCUAACGUUUCUUCUUCAGGAUUCUCUUGGUGGAAACUCAAAAACAAUGAUUAUUGCUAAUGUCAGCCCUUCUAUCUGCUGUGCUGCUGAAACACUGAAUACCCUUAAAUUUGCUCAAAGAGCAAAACUGAUUCAAAAUAAUGCUGUGGUGAAUGAAGAUUCUAGUGGGGAUGUAAUUGCUUUAAAACACCAAAUUCGGCUUUUGAAGGAGGAGAUUUCUACGCUCAAACGGUGCCAGAGUGUUUCCAGGUCAUUGUCAUUCAGAGAUAUAAAACAAUCAGUAGAAGAUUAUUCUUUGGAAAAUGAAACUGAAAUGGCUGAACAACAAGAUGCUGAUAUGCUUGAUUAUGAAUCCAAGGGCACUAGAAUGUCUCACAAACAGUUAGAAUCACUGCAGACAACUCUUGAUGGUGCUUUAAGAAGGGAGCAAAUAGCAGAAACUUCUAUUAGGCAACUAGAAGCAGAAGUUGAACUAUUGAACUCUUUGGUUCGUCAAAGAGAGGAGGAAACUAUGAGUUGCAAAAUGAUGCUUAGGUUUCGUGAAGAUAAAAUUCGUCGAUUGGAAUCUCAAGCUGUUGGUUCUAUUACCGGAGAUCAAUUUUUGCAUGAAGAUAAUAAAGCACUUUCUGAUGAGAUUCAGUUACUUCAAGGCAAAAUUGAUCAAAAUCCUGAAGUUACACGAUUUGCUAAGGAGAAUAUCAGGCUUCAAGAACAACUUAGAAGAUAUGAAGAGUUCUAUGGAGAAGGCGAGAGAGAGAUUUUAUUAAGUGAAGUAUCUUCUUUAAGGGAACAGUUGCUUCAGUUUCUUGGAGGAAAAUCUGUUCAGGCUGAUUUAAGUUAUGACACUCAACCUCAGAAAACUCAAUGUUGCAGCAAACAAAAUGACUCCAUUGAUCUAGAGCUAAGAAAUGCUCUGGAUAAGUUAGAGGAGUACAGACACAACUUAAACUAUUGCUUAGAGGAGAAUGCAAAACUCCAUAGGGAAUUAGACUCUUUGCAGUCAAUGUUCAACAACAAAACUGCCACAAAGGUUUCUAUAAAAGAACCUUUGUCCAAAAGUCAGGCACUUCCACCUCAGAUGGCGGUUAAGCAUGAAUCUCAAUUGUUAAAAGAAACUGAUGAUAUCUUGGAUUUGCACCUGGAGUUAGAUAUAAUAAAGAUAAUUCUGAAGGAAGAGAGGACUUCCCGUGAAAUUCUGGAGGAGGGAGCAAUGCGCUUAAAUCAUGAAAUUCUAAUGGAAAAAGACAAGCUUUUGCAGGCAAAAAAACAGUUGGAAGAUACAGAUAAUGAGCUGAAAGUUGCUAAAUCUGUAAUCGAAGCUCUUGAAUCACAACAAAUUUUAUCAAUCAAAGAGAUAGAAGACAUGCAGAACAAGAACAACAAUUAUCAGGAUCUUGUGAGGAAACAAGAGCGUGAAAUCAUUGCCUUGAAGAAUCAACUUGCACCAAGUAAGGUUGAUAAUGAGUACCCCUUACAAGUAAGGUUCAGAAGAAUGCAUGAUUCUCUUGAAAAAGCCAAGCAACUGAACAUGUUUUACCAAAGUGAUCGUGCACUCCAGAUAUCGAAUGAGGAAGAGAUGGACGAAGUCCGUCGACAGGCAGAGGCUGAAACUGCCGAGGUAAUUGUUUGUAUGCAGGAAGAACUUGCCCAGCUACAACAUCAAGUAAAUGAUAGCCAUCAGAAGGAAAUAGAAAUGAAGGAGAGUAUAUUGCAUUUGGAAACUGAAUUGAAGGACGUGAAAGAAAAAUUGCUUACUACUGUUGAUGAUAACCAAAGUUUAAGUGAAGAGUUUUGGCAGAGAGAUAAUGCACUCAAAUCACUUGUCGAAGAAUGGGAAUUGUUAACCUCUGAGAUUGAAGAGAUUCUUGGUGAUGGAUGUCAGGCACUAGAUGAUGCCUCCGAUGAACUGGGGCAUAUAAGCAAUUCACUUCCACAGAAAAGGAUAUGGAUUUCUGAACAAGUUAGCAUGAUGGUUAGAAAAAUCUCUGAAAAGGAAUUGCUAAUUGACGAGCUCGGAAGAUGUUUGGAAGAUGCAUGCAAUAAAAGAAGUGAUAUGGAGUGUAUGCUGAAGUCCUUACGAAGUGCAACACUGGUGAUUACUGAAGCCCACCAGAAGGAGUCAGCUGAACUAGAAAAAGAAAUUCUCCUACUGACAUCACAAGUGAGUGAAAGAACGACUACUCUGAAACAGAUGGAGGAGCAGUUUAUAUUGGCCAGAGACCAAAUCCGAAAAACAUCAACUUGUGCAACAGCAGCUUUUGUAGUUGUGAAUAGAUUGUCAGAUGUGAACGAUGGUUAUCUUGUUGAUGUAAAGCACAAGGAUAAUCGGCUUAAUGAACUAGCAGAAAUUAAUGACAGGAAGGAUGCCGUUUUAAUUGAUCAAUCCACUUCCCUUGAACAAGCAAAGAGGCAGAUAGCUGAGUUGCAGGAAAAAUGUGACAACUUAUGGCAGAGGCUGUCUGAGGAGAAAGAACACUCUUUUGCCUUGGAACAUAAACUUGAAGAUAUUGAAAAGAGUGUCAUUUCAGAGGCUAGGGAGCAACUAGUAACAUUACAAGACGGUGUCUUCUCAAUCAGGUCAUCCAUGGCCUCUUUUUCAAAUAAUUCUAACUGUCUUGAGAAUGGUGAAUCAAGGACAAGUUCUGAAACACAUCAUCAAAUAGCGGAGAUGGCUGACUUAUCCUUUAAAUUGGCCAACAGUGGAUAUGACAAGAAAAACCGUAAAGCAAGAAAUGUUUCCAAGGAUGCAUGUGAAAGAGAUGUUACCAUUACUCUGUUGAGAAAAGAAAUUGAAAGUGCUCUUGAAAGCUUAAAAGAAGUGCAUGCUGAGAUAGCCAAAUUACACGAGGAGAAAAAAGGGAUGUCAAUAUGUGAAAAGCAAAGUCGGGAUAGUAUCAAGUGUCUAACAACUCAAAUACUUGCUUUGCAAGCAGCUGUGGGACACUUUGAAGAGCAAUCCGAAGUUAAGGUCGAAGUACUCAGUAAAAAACUCAGGAACUUGGAGAAAACUCUAAAAGAAGCAAUGUCCUAUUGGAAUCAAACAAAAGAGUCGCUUGAACUAGAAGUUGGGGAGGCAAAGAUCGUACAAGUUCAAAAAGCUGAAGAAACAUACUGUAUUCUUGCUAAAUUUGAAGAAGCCCAAGACACAAUGAAAGAAGCAGAUAUUAUGAUCAAUGAAUUAGUGAUAGCUAAUCAGUCAAUGAAGAUUGACAUAGAAAAACUGAAAGAAAGAGAAGUCACAUUGCUCAGUGAGAAGGAUGUAUUAAUCAACAAGGUUGAGAGCUUACAGACCGUUGUCGAUUUGAAGCAUCGGGAGAUAGAAGACCUUGUUGAAUCGAAUCUUAUAGAAACAAGGGACUUAGUGUUGGAGGUGGAUGAUGUGAUUACAGAGGUCCAGUUGGCGAUGAAGGAAAUUUUUACCUCUUUAGCUUGUGAUAUAGAAUGCUUAAAGUCUCAAUUUAUAUGUUCCACUAAGUCGAUACAACCAUGGCUUGAGAAGAUCUGGUCUGAGAUAGUUAAUAAAGAUUGUGCGAUGUCUGUACUACAUCUCUGUCACAUGAGUGUUCUUCUGGAAACAGUAACGGGAAUGCAUGCAGCAAAUGGCUUGCUUUCGCAUGGCUUGUGUGAAUCAAACUCUGUCAUAAGUGAUCUGAAGGAGCAUAAUUGUAGAACAAGGGAAGAACUAGAAAUGUGCAGAACCUUGAAAGGGAAACUGCUUGCUGAUAUCCAGAGUAGUUUUGAUCGCAUCAGUAGGAAAGAAGUGGAAGCUGGAGAGAUCACCAUCAAGCUAAACACUUUUGCUAAAAAAUUAUCAGAUCUACAGCUUCAGGAGGAGAUGAUGCUGCAAAGGUCUAAUGAAAUGGGAUCCCAACUUGCUAUGUUAAUGAGGGAAUUGGAUCUGAGUAAUACCGAUCUUGUGGUAUCCCUUUUAGAUCAAGAGAAACUACUGAAACAGAAAGUAGAAGCCACUGAGUCUCAAGCUGAAUUUCUUAUGGCAGAUUGGUACGCAAAAGACUUUGAGUUACUCAUCCGUUCUUCUGAAUUCAGUAACAUGGCCUGUAAUGUAUCUGAAAUGGAGGAGCAUUUUGUCAAGUACUCUACAUUAAUUGAACAAUUGAAGACAGAAACAAUAUUUUUCCGGGUAGAAACUGAGUUAGCAGAACAGAUUUUGAUGGAUAAGGAAAUUGAAGUUUCCCUACUAAAGCGAGAAGUUCAGCAGGAAAAAGAAGAAAAGAAGAACUUAUUGAUGGAACUGAAGCAGAACAUCUUAAGGAUUACAAAGAUAAGUGAAGUAAACAAGGAACUUGAACAAAAUAUUGAGCUUCUAAAGGAUGUUAGUUGCUCUAAUAUUGCAUUGAAGGGUGAACUUGUUGAAGUUAAGGAGUCAGAGAAAAGACUUUUGGAUGAGAUUCGAGAUCUUGAGGUUGAUUAUGAUAGAGUAAUUGGAGAUGCCCUAGCAAAGAAUGUGGCUUCUGAAUUUGCUUUCCAUCAUAUUUUGUUUCUGGAAGAUCAAUUCAGAGAGUUACAAAGCAUAAACGUCAUAUUGGAAAGUUCAUGUUGCAAACUUAAGAAUGAGCUGCACCUAAGGGAUUCAGAGAUAGAUAGAAUACAAAGUUUGUUGCAACUUGAGUUAUCUAGAAAGGAAGAUGUAAUUAAAGGGCUGCUGUACGAUCUGAGCUUACUGCAGGAAUCGGCAUCUACCAGUAAAGACCAAAAGGAUGAAAUGGAGGAAAUGAUGGCCAUAAUGGAAGAAUUUGAAUCGGAGCUUACAAUUAAAUCUGACGAGCUUGCUUCUGUAGUUGCAAACUGUCGGCUUUUUGAAACUCAGUUAAUGGAUAAAUCGAACAGAGUUAUCGCUCUUGAGUUGGACCUCUCAAAAGAGUGUGAGGUGGUAAAGCAGCAAGUUAGUGAAAUUGAUGAACUUCGAACUCAUAUUGAAGAUGCCUUGGUGGCAAGAAAACUGGUUGAGGAGGAGCUAAAAGAGAGAAAGAAGAUAACAGAGAGUUUAGAGAAUGAAAUCUUGGAAAUGAGCAAUGUUCUUGGGCAAAUGAAUGAUUCAAUUAAAAAUCUAAGUGUUGAUAGGGAUGCCCUAACUAUUCAAAGGGAUCAACUUGAGGGUCAAGUGAUUUUACUCAAAGAAGGGCUUGAAAAUGCUGCAGCACAAGCUGAAGCUAACGAAGCGAUUGCACAAGAUGCUCAAAAGAUGGCUGAAGCAAGAAAAGUUUAUGCUGAAGACAAGGAAGCAGAGAUUGAACUUCUUGAGAGAUCUGUUGAAGAGCUGGAAAGUACCAUAAAUGUACUAGAAGAAAAUGUUGACUUCAUUAAAGGAGAAGCUGAACGGCAACGGCUGCAAAGAGAAGAACUAGAAACGGAGCUAUGUGCAUUAAAAGAGCAGAUGCAAAAUCUACGAAAUGCUAAUGAUGAUACAAAAAGAUUUCUGGAUGGAAAAGAGAAAAGCCUUGAAGAAGCCCAAAAUCACAUACAGGUUCUGAAGAGUGAUAUUGCAGGAAAAGAUGCAGAGGUUGCACAAAUGAAAGCUCAUAUAUCAGAGCUUAAUUUGCAUGCUGAAGCACAAGCAAUGGAGUACAAGCAGAAAUUCAAAGCAUUGGAAGCGAUGGUCGAGCAAGUCAAACCUGAGGGCAUUUCCACGCAGUCCACCAAUGCUCUGUCAAACAAGUCUGAGAAGAAUGCGACCAAGUCUCGAGGUUCUGGUUCUCCUUUCAAAUGUAUUGGCUUGGGAUUGGCACAACAAGUAAAAAAUGAAAAGGUUGAAGAGCUGUCUGCUGCAAAACUGCACAUUGAGGAACUAGAAUCUCAGGCAGCAUGUCGACAGAAAGAGAUAUUUUCACUGAAUGCUAGAUUAGCAACUGCGGAGAGCAUGACCCAUGAUGUAAUACGCGACUUACUUGGAGUGAAGUUGGAUAUGACCUCUUAUGUGUCACUGCUGGAUAAUCAUCAAGUUCAGAAGAUUGCAGAGAAAGCUCAAUUUCUAACUCUAGAACCUAAAGAGAAGGAACAAGAGGUUACUAAACUAAGGAGGCAGCUUAAUGAGUUUAUUGAAGAGCGGAAAGGAUGGUUAGAAGAUAUCAAUAGAAAACAAGCCGAGUUAGUAGCUGCACAGAAUGCAUUAGAAAACCUUCGGCAGCGAGACCAGUCACUAAAAGAUGAAAACGAAUUGUUGAGGAUGGAAAAUGCAAGUAAGAUGAGUAAGGUAAUGGAACUGGAGGAAGAAAUCAAGAAGCUGUCAGGUCAGCAAAAUCUUCAGCAGCGUAUUCAUCAUCAUGCUAAAAUUAAGGAGGAAAACAACACAUUAAAGAUACAGAAUGAACAACUCAGCGCAAAGUUACGCAGGUCAAAUCACUUCAUGUCACGUGUCCAAGAAGACAUUGCUCGCCUUCGUGCUUCCACAGGGUCGAAACACUAUAUUGAUUUUGAUCAAGAGCAACGUCUGAGGAAAAUGGUGAAGGAGACCGAGGAAGAGAAAAUACAAUUAGCACAGCAAUUACUGAGAUUGUCUACUAAUGUUCUAAAGGCUGCUGGAAUAGCAAAACCAGUGUCAGAUGUGAAUCCUACUAUUGCUGAGAAGGCCCUAGAGGAGCUCAAGAAUAGGAUAACUUCCCUGGAAAUGGAACACGAAGAUUUGAAGUUUAAGAAUAAAAUUAUGAUAGAAAAAAUUAGACUAUCUGAACUCAUGCCACAAGCUUCUCCUUUGAGCUCAAGAUCUGAAGAGAACAAGAAGACUCCACCAAAGGCAAACAAAGCUCCAUUUCUUUCCAGUUUUGAUCGAUACUGA